UAGGGGAGGAGAGGAACAAGAACUGAAAAAAAAAUCGGCAGAAAGCUGCCCCUUGCCAUCAAUAAAGAACUAAUUAAUAAGGAUUUGCCUAAGCUGGUAAACGUUUUCCUGCUUCAAUCUGGUGGAAAUGCAGAGGUAAACUCGGUUGUGGGUUAAUUAGGUCCAACUUGAAGCCAAGGACCAGGUCCAGAUAAAGAUCAGCCUGGUAGAGAGUCGACUCGUUCGAAUACCCAAGAAGGAGCCGAGCCACCUAAAUCCAACUCCGGGCGCAGGCCCUGGGGAGAGACAGCGCGGUGGGGCCAACCUCGGGGAAACAUUUCCGACCAUUCCUUACGAGCCGCAAACGCACACGCUGGGAUUCCAGCCGCGCAGGCAGGAGAGGCGGCUGGGAGGGCCCGACCGCCCAAUCGCUGGGCAGCUCGGUCGAAAGAGAGCUGGAGAGAAGCGUCUUCGCUCGAGACUCUUCCCGAAGGCGGCCGGGGUGGUCCACUCGUGACCCCUGGGCCAUGUCACUUCGUACGGGGCCGACAAAGUCAGGAAGUCUGGAAACUAAGUGAGGAGGGCUGCGAAGAGUGCACGUGAACUUGGGAGCCUGGAGGACGCCUGGCCUUGAGACCUGCCGGAGCCCGAGCCACACUGUCUGGCCCGAAGUGCCUGAGCGUGCGAUGGGCGUGCCAAAAAGGCCGCUUGCAGUUCUCCCGCGCUUCCUCUGCUCGCUGCGAAAACCUUCGCACCACGACUCCGGGCCCUGCAGUUUUCCCUGCUAACGCGCAACCGCGGUUACACCUGCAGCCAAUUUUCCUACCAUCUUACCUACCUGGAUCAAGGUGCAGCCUGCACUUGGCAAAAAGCGGUGUACUGGGUUGAGAAGAAAAGUAAAUGUUCUUACUACCAGAAAGGAAUGAAGCAGUUAUCAGAGCUUCAUAUCAGAGCCUGUUGACUCAGGGUGUGGUACGCUAGAAGGAAAAAAGAAAAGGUUGCUGCAGGCAUACUGGGAACAACGGACAGCGAAGGAGGUGGUGAGCGAGCCAAACAGCACAUAACAACCUUAGUAGUGAUGGAGACCCUCAUGUAAUACGAUAACUGAUGUCCCUCAACUGCAGAACAAGUUAGAGGAAACUGUGACCGUGUGAAAACUUUGGCUGACAAUGAUGUUUUUAACAUGGUUAGAAGCACACAUCUUCCAGGGGCUCUGCAGUCAUCAUAUUCACUGAGAUGCCUAAGUCUUUAUGCACACGGAACUAAAAGAAAUCAAUAUGAAUCAAUGCCAUGAUAAAUGUCUGAGUCAACAUGGGCAAAUUAAAGACAAACAACUAAGAUUAAGACCAAAGACUUCUAGAAGAAAACAGAUUUCUGCAUAACGAGCCCUUAGAAAUCAGAUUGCUUUUUAUUCCAUGGAUGCUGGGACCUGAUAUAAAAAAGGAAGAGGCUGUAUCUUGGAUUCAGAAGUCUAAAUGAAAUGGUCUAAAGAUUACUUUAAAAAAAUCCACCAACCACUCUUGCAACCCAAGUGAUGAAACCCAAAGAAUUUAUAUAGCGAAAUGGAGGAAAUGAGAAUGGUCAUGUAAAAAUCCGCCGUUGGUGAAGUGAUGAAGAAUAUUUACUGGCUUAUCCUGAAACUCGUCAGUUUUGCGACUCUUGGCUGCAUAUGGAUUUCUGUGGUUCAGUGUACAGUUUUAAACAGCUGUUUAAAGUCAUGUGUCACUAAUCUGGGCAGGCAGCUUGACAUUGGCAUGCCAUAUAAUCUGAGUGAACCGUGCAUCCAAGGAUGUCAUUUUUGGAACUUUGUAGAUCAGGAAAACUGUGCUUUAAAGUGUAAUGAUACCUAUGCCACAGUUUGUGAGAGAGAAUCAUGUGAAGUUGGCUGCAGCAGUUCUGAAGGUGCAUAUGAAGAGGAAGUGCUAGAAAAUUCAGACCUCCCCACUGCACCCUUUGCUUCUUCCAUUGGAAACCGUAGUGUGACAUUACGAUGGAAAUCUGCCAACAUCUCUGGAAUAAAAUACAUCAUUCAGUGGAAAUAUACACAUCUUCUGGGGAGCUGGACUUACACUGAGGCCGUGUCCAAGCUCUCAUAUGUAGUAGAGCCCCUGCAUCCCUUCACAGAAUAUAUUUUUCGAGUGGUUUGGAUCUUCACAGCCCAGCUGCAGCUGUAUUCUCCCCCCAGUCCCAGUUACAGGACUCAUCCUUAUGGAGUUCCUGAAACUGCUCCUUUCAUUAGGAAUAUUGAAAGCUCGAGUCCUGACACUGUGGAAGUCAGUUGGGCUCCACCCCAAUUCCCAGGUGGACCUAUUUUGGGUUAUAACUUAAGGCUGAUCAGCAAAAAUCAAAAAUUAGACUCAGGAACACAGAGAACCAGUUUCCAGUUUUACUCAACUCUACCAAAUACCACCUACAGGUUUUCUAUUGCAGCAGUAAAUGAAGUUGGUGAGGGGCCAGAAGCAGAAUCGAAUAUUACCACUUCAUCCUCAGCAGUUCAAGAAGAGGAACAGUGGCUCUUUCUAUCCAGAAGAACUUCUCUCAGAAAAAGAUCUUUAAAACAUUUAGUAGAUGAAGCACAGUGCCUUCAAUCAGAUGUUAUACACCGUAACAUUACAGGAAUAUCAGUUAAUGUCCACCAGCAAGUUGUUUAUUUCUCUGAAGGAACUCUCAUAUGGAUGAAAGAGGCUGCCAACAUGUCUGACAUGUCUGACCUGAGGAUUUUUUACAGAGGUUCAGGAUUAAUUUCGUCUAUCUCCAUAGACUGGCUUUAUCAGAGAAUGUAUUUCAUCAUGGAUGAAUCGGUAUGUGUCUGUGACUUAGAGAACUGCUCAAACAUUGAGGAAAUUACUCCUCCCUCAAUUAUUGCACCUCAAAAAAUUGUAGCUGAUUCAUACAAUGGGUAUGUCUUUUAUCUCCUGAGAGAUGGCAUUUAUAGAGUAGAUCUCCCGGUGCCAUUUGGUCGAGACUCGGAAGCCGUGCGUAUUGUGGAGAGUUGUACAUUAAAGGACUUUGCAGUAAAGCCACAGUCCAAGAGAAUCAUUUACUUCAAUGACACCGCCCAAGUCUUCACGUCAACAUUUCUGGAUGGCUCUGCUUCCCAUCUUGUCCUACCUCAUGUCCCCUUUGCUGAUGUGAAGAGCUUUGCUUGUGAAAACAAUGACUUCCUGGUCACAGAUGGCAAGGCUGUUUUCCAACAGGAUGCUUUGUCUUUUAAUGAGUUCAUCGUGGGAUGUGACCUGAGUCACAUAGAAGAGUUUGGGUUUGGUAACUUGGUCAUCUUUAGCACGUACACCCAGCCACACCCCCUGCCAGGCCGCCCGCAGCAACUCUCGGUGCUCUUUGGCUCCCACCAGGCCCUGGUUCAGUGGAAACCUCCUGACCUCGCCAUAGGAGCCAGCCCUUCUGCCUGGCAGAACUGGACUUACGAGGUGAAAGUAUCAACCCAGGACUUUCCUGAAAUCACUCGUGUUUUCUCUAACAUAAGUGGGACCAUGCUCAAUGUACCCAAGCUGCAGAGUGCUACGAAAUACAGGGUUUAUGUGAGAGCGAGUUCUCCCAAGGGGCCAGGCCCUUGGUCAGAGCCCUCGGUGGGUACUACCCUGGUACCAGCUACAGAACCACCAUUUAUCAUGGCUGUGAAAGAAGAUGGGCUUUGGCGUAAACCAUUGAAUAGCUUUGGCCCAGGAGAAUUCUUGUCCUCUGAUAUAGGAAAUGUGUCAGACAUGGAUUGGUAUAACAGUAGCUUCUACUACAGCGACGUGAAAGGUGAUGUUUACGUGUGGCUGCUGAAUGGGACGGAUAUCUCAGAGAAUGAUCACAUACCUAACAUUGCAGGAGCAGGAGCUUUAGCUUAUGAAUGGCUGGGUCACUUUCUCUACUGGGCUGGAAGGACAUAUGUGAUACAAAGGCAGUCUGUGUUGACAGGACACACAGAUAUUGUGACUCAUGUGAAGUUAUUGGUGAAUGACAUGGUGGUGGAUUCAGUUGGUGGCUAUCUCUACUGGACCACACUAUACUCUGUUGAAAGCACCAGGCUAAAUGGAGAAAGUUCCCUUGUACUACAGGCGCAGCCUUGGUUUUCUGGGAAAAAGGUAGUUGCUCUAACUUUAGACCUCAGUGAUGGGCUCCUGUAUUGGUUGGUUCAAGAUAGUCAAUGUAUGCACCUGUACACAGCUGUUCUUCGGGGGCAGAACAGCGCUGGGGAUAUCACCAUCACAGAAUUUGCAGCCUGGAGUACUUCCGAAAUUUCCCAGAAUGCACUGAUGUACUAUAGUGGCCGGCUCUUCUGGAUCAAUGGCUAUAGGAUUAUCACAGCUCAGGAAAUUGGUCAGCGAACUAGUGUCUCUGUUUUGGAACCAGCCAAAUUUAAUCAGUUCACAAUUGUCCAGACAUCCCUCAAGCCUCUGCCUGGGAACUUUUCCUUUACCCCUAAGGUUAUCCCAGAUUCCAUUCAAGAGUCUUCAUUUAAGAUUGAAGGAAAUGCUUCAAGUUUUCAAAUCCUGUGGAAUGCUCCCCCAGCAGUGGAUUGGGGUGUAAUUUUCUAUAGUGUGGAAUUUAGUGCUCAUCCUAAGUUCCUGGCUAGUGAACAACAGCCUUUACCUGUAUUUACUGUGGAAGGUCUGGAGCCCUAUGCAUUAUUUAAUCUUUCUGUCACUCCUUAUACCUACUGGGGAAAGGGUCCCAAAACAUCUCUAUCACUUCGAGCACCUGAAACAGUUCCAUCAGCACCAGAGAACCCAAGAGUAUUUAUAUUACCAAGUGGGAAAUAUCGCAACAAGAAUAAAGUUGUGGUGGAAUUUAGGUGGGAUAAGCCUAAGCAUGAAAAUGGUGUAUUAACCAGAUUUGAAAUUUUCUAUCAAAUAUCUAACCAAAAUGACACAAACAAAACAUUCGAAGAUUGGAUUGCUGUCAAUGUCACUCCCUCAGUGAUGUCUUUUCAACUUGAGGGUGUGAGUCCUGGGUACAUCGUUGCCUUUCAGGUUCGAGUCUUCACAUCCAAAGGACCUGGACCAUUUUCUAACAUAGUAAAGUCCAAAACUUCAGAAAUCAGUCCAUUUCCAUACCUCAUGACUCUCUUUGGUAACAACAUAGUUUUGUUAGACAUGGAUCAAAAUCAAGUUGUAUGGAUGUUUUCGGCAGAAAGAAACAUCAGUGCUGUGGGCUACACAGCUGAUAAUGCGAUGGGGUAUUAUGCUCAAGGAGACUCACUCUUCCUUCUGAACAUGGACAAUCAGUCCAGCUCUGAGAUUUUCCGAGGUGCACUAAUUUUUGAUAUUACGACUAUUACAAUUGACUGGAUUUCAAGGCAUCUCUACUUUGUGCGGAAAGAAUCACAAAACGGAAUGCAAAUAUUUGAUGUUGAUCUUGAACGCAAGGUGAAAUAUCCCAGGAAGCUGAAAAUUUGCACCAGAAAUUCAACAAUAAUCUCUUUUUCCAUAUAUCCUCUUUUAAGUCGCCUGUAUUGGACAGAAGUUUCCGAUUUGGGCUCUCAGAUGUUCUACUACAGUAUUAUCAACCAGACCUUGCACCACAUUCUGAAACACACAGCCAUAAACCAUUCAAAUGGCAGAAACCAAUGUUCUUGCAACGUGACUGAAUUUGAGUUAAGUGGAGUAAUGACUAUUGAUACCUCUGACCUAAAGAAACCACGGAUAUAUUUUGUCAAAGGGCAAGAGAUCUGGGCCACAGAUCUGGAAGGAUGCCACUGUUGGCAAGUUAUCGUGGUGCCUGUGCUGUUUGGAAAAUCUCUUGUUAGCUUAACUGUGGAUGGAGAAUUUCUAUAUUGGAUCUCCGUAGUAAAGGACAGCACACAGAUUUAUCAAGCAAAGAAAAGCCAUGGGGCCAUCCUCUCUCAGGCAAAGGCGCUAAGGAGUGAGUGUAUUUUGGCUUACAGUUCAGUUCUGCAGUCUUUUCCAGAUAAAGCAUUUCUGUCUCUAGCUUCAGAUAUUGCAGAGCCUACUAUAGUUGACACCACUAACACCAGCCUUACAAUCAGAUUACCUCCCACCAGGACAAAGCUCACUUGGUACGGCAUCACAAGCCCUACUCCAACGUAUCUGGUUUAUUAUAAAGAAGUUGGCAGCAGAAAUAAUAGCUCCGAACUGAAAUACAGAAUGCUGGAAUUUCAGGAGAGUAUAGCCCUUGUUGAAGGGUUGCAACCAUUUUCCACAUACGUGAUACAGAUAGCUAUAAAGAAUUAUUAUUCAGAUCCUUUGGAACUAUUACCUCUGGGAAAAGAGAUUUUGGGAAAAACUAAAAGUGGAGUACCAGAGGCAGUUUGGCUUAUUAACACCACUGUGCAGUCAGACACCAGCCUCAUCAUAUCCUGGAGAGAAUCUCACAAGCCAAAUGGACCUAAGGAGUCAGUCCGCUAUCAAUUGGCAAUCUCACAUGUGGCACUAAUUCCCAAGACUCCUCUAAGACGGAGUGAAUAUCCAAAUGGAAGGCUCUCUCUCCUUGUUACUAGACUGUCUGGUGGAAAACUAUAUGUGUUAAAGGUUCUGGCCUGCCAUGCAGAGGAAAUGUGGUGUGCUGAGAGUCAUCCUGUCACCGUUGAAACGUUUGACACACCAGAGAAACCUUAUGCCUUGGUUCCAGAGAACACCAGUUUGCGAUUAGAUUGGAAGGCUCCAUCUAAUGUUAACCUCAUCAGAUUUUGGUUUGAACUCCAAAAGUGGAGGUACAAUGAGUUUUACUAUGUUAACGCUUCAUGCGGCCAAGGUUCUGCUUAUGUCUGUAACAUCACAGAUCUACAGCCUUAUACCUCCUAUAAUAUCCGAAUAGUGGUGCUUUAUAGGACAGGAGAAAAUAGCACCUCACUUCCAGAAAGCUUUAAGACAAAAGCUGGAGUCCCAAGUAAACCAGGAAUUCCAAAGUUAUUAGAAGGGAGUAAAAAUUCAAUACAGUGGGAAAAAGCCUAUGAUAAUGGAAGCAGACUCAAGUACUAUAUCCUUGAGAUCAGAAAGUAUACUUCGAAUGAUUCACAGAACCAGAAUUUAAUGUGGAAGAUGGCAUUUAAUGGAUCCUGCAAUAGCAUUUGCACAUGGAGGUCCAAAAAUCUGAAAGGAACAUUUCAGUUCAGAGUAGUAGCUGCAAAUAAUCUGGGAUUUGGUGAAUAUAGUGGAAUCAGUGAGAAUAUCAUGUUAGCUGGAGAUGGUUUUUGGAUACCAGAAACAAGCUUUAUACUGUCUAUUAUAAUUGGAAUAUUUCUGGUUAUUAUAAUGCCAUUGAUCUUUGUCUGGCAUAGAAGACUAAAGAAUCAAAAAACUCCCAAGGAAAGGCUGACAGUUCUCAUAAACGAAGACAAAGAAUUGGCUGAGCUGCGAGGUCUGGCAGCUGGAGUAGGACUGGCUAACGCCUGCUAUGCAAUACAUACUCUUCCGACCCAAGAGGAGAUUGAAAGUCUUCCUGCGUUCCCUCGGGAAAAACUGACUCUGCGUCUCUUAUUGGGAAGUGGUGCCUUUGGAGAAGUGUAUGAAGGGACAGCAGUAGACAUCUUAGGAGUUGGAAGUGGAGAAACCAAAGUAGCAGUGAAGACUUUGAAGAAGGGCUCCACAGACCAGGAGAAGAUUGAAUUCCUGAAGGAGGCACAUCUGAUGAGCAAGUUUAAUCAUCCCAACAUUCUGAAGCAGCUUGGAGUUUGCCUGCUAAAUGAACCCCAAUACAUUAUCCUGGAACUGAUGGAAGGAGGAGACCUUCUCACCUAUUUGCGUAAAGCCCGGAUGAAAGCGUUUCAUGGUCCUUUACUCACCUUGGUUGACCUUGUAGACCUGUGUGUAGAUAUUUCAAAAGGCUGUGUCUACUUGGAGCAGCUGCACUUCAUUCACAGGGAUCUGGCAGCUCGGAAUUGCCUCGUCUCUGUGAAAGACUACAGCAGCCCAUCACGGAUAGUGAAGAUUGGGGACUUUGGACUUGCGAGGGACAUCUAUAAAAAUGAUUACUAUAGGAAGAGAGGAGAAGGUCUGCUCCCUGUUCGGUGGAUGGCUCCAGAAAGUUUGAUAGAUGGAAUCUUCACGACUCAGUCUGAUGUGUGGUCUUUUGGAAUUCUAAUUUGGGAGAUUUUAACUCUUGGUCACCAGCCUUAUCCAGCUCAUUCCAACCUUGAUGUUUUAAAUUAUGUGCAAACAGGAGGGAGACUGGAGCCACCGAGACAUUGUCCUGAUGAUCUGUGGAAUUUAAUGGCCCAGUGCUGGGCUCAAGAACCUGACCAAAGACCAACUUUCCAGAAAAUUCAAGACCAGCUUCAGUUAUUCAGAAAUUUUUUGUUAAAUAGUAUUUCUCAAUACAGAGAAGAAGCAAACCCCAGUGGAGUCCUAAAUGAAGGCUUCGAAGAUGAAAAUGGCAACAUGAUUUGCUUGAAUUUGGGUGAUGGCACAUCAAUUGCUUUAAUGGAAACCAAGAACCAAGAAGGGUUAAACUACAUGGUACUUGCUACAGAAUGUAGCCAAGGUGAAGAUAAUUCUGAGGGUCCUCUAGACUCCAAGGAAUCUGAAUCGUGUGGUCUGAGGAAAGAAGAGAAGGAACCACAUGCAGACAAAGGUAUCUGCCAAGAAAAACAAGUGGCUUACUGCCCUCCUGGCAAGCCUGAAAGCCUGAACUAUGCCUGUCUCACUCACAGUGGAUAUGGAGAUGGGUCUGAUUAAUAACUCUGUUUGGGAAAUGCAGAGUUGAAAUAAACACUCCCAUUAAGUAGUCACGGAAAGAAAACCAACCCAUGAAGAAUGAUAGAUGUUGUGGUUGUCUGAAUUAACGCUGGAGAGUUCCUGGAUUUUAAUCUUGGUUCCGAAAGCCACUUGGUUUCAGUUCUGACAAUCUCCAUACCAACUGUCUAAACUUCAGCAAAAUUCCGAGGCGCACCACUGAGCGUUUGGAAAGCUUAGGGAGACUCAUGAGUCUGGAAGGGAGACCAUUGUCCAACCUUCAGUCUGGGCUGUAAAAGAAGCAUCUUGGUCUAUGGUUAGAGACAAAGUAAGGACCUGGAAAAGGGGGAUGAGAAACGUGCUCAGAAGCCCGACUGAACUACAAAUUAUUCCAAAAGGGACCAAGAAAAUGACUACAUCACUCUACACAUACCAAAGGAACUAGCACCUAUGACAUGAGAAAUCUCUUGGAAAGCUAUUGCUGUAAUAAGAUAUUAUCUUUAAUGUCUAUUCUAAAAUAUUUUGUUUUUUGAAGGUUUUGAACAGCAGCUUCAGUCAUAUUUAAAAUAGGACCAUGAAGAUCUCUAAAUCUUGAAGUUUAGCAUUCUGCGAUCUUUGGGUUGUAUGAAAAUCGCUCUGUGACUUGUGCGCUGUUAUAGAGAUUAGCUAAUAUGAAGAUUCUUUUUAUUUGCCAUAUCUAUUUUAUAUAUAAAGUACUUAAGAUUACAUUUAAUAACAAAUUAUCCUUAAAAUUAAAUGUAAAUGAUUAUACAAUGUUAAUUCAAGCUCUGUGAUUUUUAGCAACGACAUGAAAUAAUAAAUACCUAAUGAGAACUAUUUAAAAAA